CGAGCCACCUAGGAUACAGAGCUGCAACCACCUUCAAAGCAACCCGCCCACAUACGGCCGCUCGGUGAAGCUGCGCCGCGAGAGAAAAAUGGCCAUCUAGGGGCAGAGCCCGAUCGUCACCCCUUCUCGCGAAUCCCAUCGGUUGCUUCCAAUGCCCAAGAUGCGGCUCGGCUGGUAUGCCGGGGUCUCGACGGCCCUGGCUGGUGGCGUGAUUGUGUCCGCCUUCCAGCAGAGAGCCAACUUCUACUCGGCCAUGGUCUACCUGGCCCAGAGCAACUUCUGCCUGCUGGCUUUGGUCAACUUUACGCUGCUGCUCUAUAGUAGUUUCAUCUACGGCCUGACGCGACUAUGCUACGGCACCCUUCGGGCGGUCGAGGUUGAGCAGUUGACGGAGCGGGCCUGGUUCGCAAUCACAGAGACGUGCCUGGCCAUGACUAUAUUCAGGGAAGAGAUAGGAGCUUGGUUCCUGGUCAUGUUCACGGCACUCGUGACAGGCAAGGUCUGGGGCUGGAUUGGCGAUGGGCGAGUGGAAUUUCUCGAGCAGCAGCCGCCCCCGAACCCACGGCUCUUCCAUCUCCGGCUCAGCAUCUCCCUCACCAUGAGCUUCCUGUACGACGUCUGGAUUCUCCGAUACACCAUCAACAGCGUUAUCCAGCAGGCACGUCCCAAUAUGAUGGUUAUGUUCCUCUUUGAGUUUGCUGUGCUGGCCACUUGUUCCUGGCGCACCGGAGCUCGAUACAUCCUCUCUUUGGCGGAACAAAACAUUGUUAAGGCACAAACCCGAAAGAGGCUGCUUGAGCGAAGACAAGAAGUGCGGGAGCGACGCGAGGCCCUCAUGCGGGAGCGGGAACAGGCUGCUGCCGCGGGACAAGACCCGGUAGCAAAUCAGGAGCCGCUGCCGAGCGAAGACGAUAUCGACGAGAUGGACAUCGAAGUCCCAGGAUGGGCCGCCAAAGGAGAAUGGGUCUUGUGGCUCGACCUUUUGACUGACAUGAUCAAGCUCGGCAUCUACGUCGCUUUCUUCGCCAUGCUCCUUACCUUCUACGGUCUGCCUAUACACAUCAUGCGAGACUUGUUCAUGACAUCACGAGACUUCGUCAAGCGACUCAACGCACUCUUGCGCUACAGGCGAGCCAUCCAGGAGAUGAACCGUUAUCACGACGCAACUGCCGAGGACCUUGCCCAGGAGAACACAUGCAUAAUCUGCAGGGAGGAGAUGCGGCCGUGGGAUCCUGCCAAUAAUCCUGGGGCCAUUGAUCGAAUACGCCCGAAGAAGUUGCCUUGCGGUCAUAUCCUGCACCUGGGCUGUCUCAAGAGCUGGCUCGAGCGACAACAAGUGUGCCCGACGUGUAGGAGCCCUGUUACGGCCGAACGCCCACGUGGGCCUCAACAGCGCGGAGCUGGACUACGGAUACAGUUGGCAGGCCGCGUAGGGGCCGGUGCUCAGCAACAGCCAGCCGGCGGAGUCCCGGCGCAGGAUGGCCAGGGUCGUCCUAAUGAUGUGCCGAACCCGCCGCCGGGAGGGCCAGGCCCGAGAGUCUUCAAUCUGGGUCCAAUCCGGCUCGGCUUUGGAGCCAACGGCCAGCAAGUCCGCGAGCUUGCUCAGCAGUUCGGCAUGCCGCAGAUUGCUGGUAACCAAGCACCAGCGCAACCAACACCGACCCCGACGCAGCAACCCCAAGCUACGCUGGGAGAUAACCUCCAGAGUAUUGGCAGCCUCAUCCAGCAGUCGGAGCAGAUGGUACAAAGGGAAAUGCAACGCCUGCAGGUCGCUCAACAGGAGCUUCAGGUUGCUCACCUCCUCAUGGCGGAGUUGCAGCGGUUACAGCAGCGCCGGCAGCAUCCCCAGGAUCAGGUCCAGCCUCAGGCAUGGGCGCCAACCUUGCCGCCCAAUUUCCCCUACGCCGGCGCACCACAGAUUCACAUGCCUCCUCCAACUGUCCCCGGGCAAUUCCCGGGGUUUCCUCCCUUCCCAGGCAUGCCGGCACGAACUAGUAGUCCGCUCUUGGCUCGAUUUUCGGCGCCAUCUACGAAUUCAGCUGCUGUCCCUGCUGGCAGCCCUGAUCUUCCGGAAGGGCUGGCUCUACCUGCUGGCUGGUCCUUGGUGCCUCUGCAACGAAUGGACGGGACGACGAGCAACGCCUAUGCCACUACGCAGACCAAUGACGCUGGAACGAACGUGGAAGGCGUGAGUGCGACCCAAGCCCCGGACGUCUCGUCGAACGAGGCUACAGUCGGCUCGUCGAUUCUGUCCGAAGGUAACGACGCCGGAAGCCAUGCAGAAGCUGUGAAUUCGAAUUCGGAUCAGGAUGUGUCAUCGGCCGCGGUGACUCCCAGCUCAUCAUCACCUUCUCGUCCUCUACCCGAGGGCUCUUCUGUUUCCACGACGACCGCUCCAGGGGCUCGAGCUACGGUGCAGAGCUCCGGUGCCGGCUCCCAGACGCCCGUUGUGGCGCCCAGCCCCCUGAUGCCGAAUUGGGGCGGCUCAGCACAGCUUUUCAACAGCGCAAGAUCCCUCGAUUCAGAUGAGAACACACACCCUCGGCCUGCUACCACCACCGAUCACGUGGCAACAUACAAUGGACAAGAGGGGCAGCAGCCGGCGAGUGUUUCUUCCGAGACUCGUUGCGAUGCGGGAAGGAUACCCCCGGAGGAUCGUACUGCUGGUUCGUCUGAUAGGGGCAAGGCAAGGGCCGUGACGGUUGAGGAAGCCCAGGAUGAACAGGACUGAAGAGGGCGAAGAGCACAAAAAUCAUAGCAUUCUGACAGCCAUGUCUCUCAUUCACGCGCAUAUGAUGGCGGCAAGCUUGUACGCGUCACUGUAGCAUUACUACCAGUAUGGCGCGAGGAGACGUCCGCGUCCCUCUAGCGCUCAAAAGAUGAUUUGUACGCUGGGUGAAUAUUGCCGUGACGUGCGCCUUCUCCCGUGCGGUUCCAUGGUCUGC